ACUUUGAACAUAACCUAAAUUUUGUAGAUGUCAUAAGUAGUAGAUUUUCAAAUUGUGUAAAUUUUGAAUAAAUAAAAAUGAUAAAUGAAAUGGAACCAAUUUUUACCUCGAAGUUGAUUCAAGCUUGCAUAACUUGUAUAAGAAUAACAGAUAAUUACAUUCUAGCAGGAAUAGGAGGAAAUGUACACAUAUACAAUGUUCUUUCUACAACUUUUUUGAGAAGAUUCAAGAUAUUUGAAGGGAGCAAAAUCCAUGGAUUGGAAUUCAAUUUUACGGACAAACAAAUAUUCAUAUAUAGCGGCCAAAAAAUGAAAUUGAUAAAAUAUGAAGGAGAUUUUGAGAAAUUUUCUAGAGAACCUUCAUCGUUAGCACAAGACUGGAUCCUAGCUGCCAAAUUUAUUGACAAUAACUCUAGAAUAGCCACAGUAAGCAUGAACAACCUGGUACAGAUUAGAAAUUUGGCUCUAGAGGUAACAGAGGAAUAUUCUUGUAAUGAAAGGUCUAUGCUGUACAGUGCUGCUAUUGGUUAUGACUUAUGGGAUGUUCUGGUUAUAUUUGCCGGUACAGCUUUUGGUAAUUUACUUGUAUGGAAACCUUCUGUUCAUAAUGAUAGAAAAUGUGCCGUCUUAGAAACUCUUAAGGGACAUAAGGGUGUGAUUCUUUCUGUUGAUUUCAAUGAGCAACACAAAAUGGUUUGCACAACUUCUGAUGACAGAUCUUCAAUUCUAUGGGCACAGGAAGGUAUAAAGCACAAGAAAUUCGAGAAAAAAUGCAAAGUUUACGGUCAUCAGGCUAGAGUAUUCUGUUGUAAAGUACUCUCGAAUUUCUUUAUAUCGGCUGGGGAAGACUCAAUAUUGAAUAUAUGGAAUUUCGAUGGCACUCUGCUCAGAAGUGUUGAACCUCAUCAAGGAGGAGCUAUCAGGUCACUUGGCUAUCAUGAAGAUAGAAACUAUGUAGUAUCUGGUGGUGAAGAUGGCUCUUUGACAUCCUUCAGUGCAUUCACUUCUGUUGAUGCAAAAAAAAUCGACAUGCCGAAAAUGGAGGUACCUAGACAAUUGAUUAUGUUGGCCAGUGGAAAUAUCCUUGUGAUGUCUGAAAGCGGCCAUCUUUUUUGCUACAACAUCAGCAAUAAUAAAUGGGUAUCAGUCGAUCACCACAAAGAAAUGGAGCAGUCCUCCCUGCUAGAAGUAUCACCGUGCAGGAAAUGUCUAGCUGUUAUAGGCUUUCACGGAGAGAUGCAUUUCUACAAAGAAAUAAAAGGCACAGUUGUGAAAAAGUGCUCAUAUAAAUUGGACACCCAAUCUAAAAUCGCUGGAGCUUAUUGGUUGAACUGCAAGAAUUUCCUGACUUACGAGAACGAAGGAAGAGUGUUCACUUGGGACGUACAGAAGAACUCAGUCGAAAUGAAGUACCAAUACACACUACCGUGGAAUGGAGAGAGACGUCUUACAGCGGCUUGUUUGCAUAAAAAUUGCCUUGUUAUAGGCGAUCGUAAAGGUCAUCUCCAUGUCUACAACGACAAGAAAGAAUUUCCCAUUAGAAGCAUGAUGAAAGUGCACUCUAGUCAGGGGGUGUCGAAGUUGUACAGUAUAUCUAAUGUUGUGGUAUCUCUAGGUAGAGAUUCUCUCCUCAAAAUGCACAGGCUCGAGAAGGACUUACGUUUAACACCGGUAUCCGCAGACAAGUUACCUUUCAACUGGUUGGGGUCUCUGUAUAAAAACUAUCUUCUUGGGUUUUCGGGAGAAAAUUUGGUUCUUUGGGAUAUCAAAGCUAGGAGGACCCUGAUCAAGUCUCCCUGUGGCGGAGGACAUCGGUCCUGGGACUUCUGCGACCAAGGCUUCGUUUACUUGAAAAGCAAAUCUAUAAACAUCAAACACUUUGAUAUAAGUGCUGUUCUUCCUCUUGAUUUCAUAUCCGGUUAUCACGUCAAAGAAAUAAACUGUCUCAAGGCACUAAGAAUUGGGGGGUACUAUAUACUAGCAUCGGGAGGGGAGGAUACAGUCCUCCGUUUGAAAAAAAUCGAUUUGACUAAGGAACGACCCGAAUUAUGUAGUAUAAAAAAGUUCAAAUCGCACCUAUCAAGUAUUAAAACUAUAGCAUUCCACAAAGUUGAAGAGACUGAUGACAAACUAUCGUAUUUAAUUUUUUACGGAGGAGGUAGAGAGCAGAUUUUGAUGUACAAACUUCAAAUAGGGGUCGAUAAUCCUUCUUUAGAUAUAUCUUGCAUAGAACAAGAUUCUUACUACAACAAUACAAAUGAUGUCGAGACAAGAAUAAUGGAUUUAAGCAUCGUCGAGUACAAUAAGAGAAUAUUGUUGUUUGCCGCUUGCUCCAACGGCAAUAUUCACUUAUUCAAAAUUGUAAGAGGUGAAAAUCCAGACCAAUACGUUUUGAAAUUCAUGAAGACGUUCAAGUACAAAAUGAGAUGUCUAUUGAAAAUUACUAGUCUCGUUACGGGAAAUAUAAAACUCCUGCUAACUAUGGCUACUGAUGGUCUUCUUGUAUUUUGGAACUUCAACGAGAUAUUGAAUAGCGAGAACCCCACCUUUUUUGAGUCGGUACCAGCGCAUCAAUCUGGGAUCAACAGUUACUCCAUAAAGACUCUAAGUGACACAAGAAUGUUGAUACUAACGGGAGGUGAUGAUAAUGCCGUUGUCUUGAAUUUGAUCGAUAUAACGGCUACUGAAAAUCUCAAAGUUGAAGUUGUAGAUACUUUCAAGGACGUUGGGGUACAUUGCGCUUUAAUAAGUGGAGCUUUUAUCUGUGAUAAAUUUUUUGUUACCACUUCUGUUGACCAGAGAGUUUUGUUGUUCGGAUGGGAAAUUAUUGAGGAGAAACUUAAAUGCAGGUGUGUUUCAAUGUUCCAUACCGCUAUAGCUGAUGUGCAGGGUAUGGAUUGCUUCAAUAAUGGUCGUUUAGAUCUUUUUAUAUAUGGUAAUGGUCUGGAAUAUAUAACCUCGAGAAGGAUUUUGAGUGGUUGAAUCUCGAGUAGGUUGAAACCUGUUUGGGAUCUGUCAGAAAUUUUUCUGACUAUUUUGCCAUCUUAUUUGAGAGAAAAUGUUGAAUUUCUGUUACUUUAUAUGACAAGAUUAUUGUUUUGCAACUAGAAGUGACAUCUAUUAUAAUCUCUUAGAAUUUGAUGUGUCGAUUGCUUUGAAUGUAAGCUCUGAGAAAUACUUUGAACUGAAAACACCAACGCCUUUGCCAUGAUCAAAUGUUAUUCUUCGAAAAAUAAAUAUAUUGAUGUUUUGCAA